AUGUCUGCAAUAAUCACAAAGAAAGGUAUAAAGAUCGCUAAUUUAACCAUUGGUUCAAUUGCGUCAUUAGCUGCCUUUACUCAAUUAACAUAUUUAAUUUCAGAUUUUAAUGUCUUUAUGUUAUCUCUUUUUGCAAUUCCAUUGUCCGCAAUGAUUGUCAUGAUGGAAUUUAAAGUACCAGGCCAAUUAUACAAUUUUGCUUCAUUUUAUUUCAAUUUCUUAGGAAGAGGUGUAUUACAAAUACUACUUGGUAUCAUGGUAUGUCAUGGUGGUGCUUUAAAAUUAAUUUCUUCAUUCUUAUUAGUUUUAAGUGGUAUCGCUUACUGUUUAUUCCAUUUCUUACCAAUGGUUGAAGAACCAGAUUAUUUCAAAAUAGCAGGUAAUUCCCUAACUGUUGGUGAUGAUGAAUUCGAUGAUGGUGAUGAAAUUAUCUAA